GAGCGGUUGCGGUUCUCAAUAUGAGCGAGUUGCUGCAGUACAGUCGAAUCAAAUACGAGUGCACCUGUGGAAAAUUUCGAACCCUUCCGGACCUUGUUUUCUGCCGAUAUUGCUUCAAAAUUAAGUGUGAUGACUGUAGCUUGGGAGAAGUUGACAAUAUUUUCUGUCCUCGAUGCCUUGAACCAUCAAGCGUCCCUGAAGCAAGACUUAAAAAGCAUAAAUGCGCAAGUUGCAAUGAUUGUCCUAAGUGUGCUAACGUUCUGAGUGCUCGUACAGAAAAUGAUAAUGUAUAUUUGGUUUGUCAGUACUGUCGUUGGUCUUCAAGAGAAGCGAAUCAAGAAGAUCAAGAGAAUACUAAAUCCUGGCCAACAAAAGAAAAUCCAUUGGUUAAUCAACUUGGUGAGGUGACGGCAUACAUGAAGAGACUUGAAUUGAUUGAAAAUGCUCCAAAAGAUUUGAAAAAGGGAAAAUCGGGCAAAGCCUGGACUGCUUUUCACUUGAAAGACAAGUUUGGAUUUCAACAAAUGGUAGAUAAGCGGAAAAAAGCACUGGCUCCUGAAAUGAAUCCAGUUGAUGCACAUGCUCCAACAGAAGCGCCGACUCUUGAAGAUGAGAUUAAAGAAAGAACGGAUGAUCUGAGAACUCUCGAUCAAAUCAUAAUGCAACCAUUGAUCAAUAUCUCUGAGCCACUCCUUCCUGUACAAGUUCCUCUGGCUGGAAGAGUUCAAGUUCGAUGUGAUGAGUGCGAAAGAACUCUUAUCAAACGAGACUUCGGAGUUACUACCUUUAAAUUUAAAAUUUCGUCAUUUGCCCGUCAAUUUGUUCCUGACAUCAGAAUGUCUCGACCGGUUGAUGAUCUUAAAGUUGGGGAGACAUCACACGUAUUUCUCUCUAUUACCAACUUAUCAUCAUCUGCAAUGGAUUUGACUAUCGCACCUCAAUCUGGAAAUGGUUUCAUUCAAUGUUCCAGUGAUCCAAUCCAGCUUCUUCUUCCAUCAUCGCGAGCAUCGGAUACUGCUGCUCCUGGAGUUCAUGCUGACCAAAGUGACGUCAUCGUGUUCCGACAGCACAACCGAGUUGGCCUUCGACUGGAUGUUAUUCCCACCGAGAUGGAUCUCUCUUCUCCAUGUCUCAAUCUUUUGAUUACAUAUUGUCAGGAUGGAUCGUUCCGUCUCUCCUCCGCUAGUGACAAAAUAUUGAAACCAGAAGAAACGUGUCCUGAUCCAAUUCUCUCUGCUAAUUUAAAAGUAGAUCUCAGAUAAUCAUUUCAUGUAUAUUUGUUUCUAUCCUUUCUCUACCACAGCGUGUCUUUUCUUAAACAUAAUUUAUAAGCUUUGUUAAAUAUUUAGAAGACGUUUUUAUGCUUUAAAUUAAAUACUUUAAAAUUCAA